AUGAUCAGGACCCUCCCCCAGCUCCCCUCCAAGCUCCAGCAGCCAAUCCCAGCCCUGGACGCCCUGAGCCCCCUGCAAGGGAUAAAUCCUCCGCCCAGGUCCUAUGGGAGGAAGACAAACUUCUUUGCAAAGUGUGAGCAGCGUGUGGGAGACAGUGAGGGUCCUCAGAGACAGCAAGGUACAGUGUGAGCCAUCUCCUACUCAGCCAUGGCUGUCUGUCUGUGUGUGCAUGUCUGUCUGUCUGCUUCUUUCCAUAUGUGUCUAGAGAUAAAUGACCAUUGGUUUUAAUAUGUGGAUGGUGCAACAUUCGCUAUAAAUCUUAAUAACCUGCACUUUCAGCCUUGGAACAGAAAUUAGAAACUGUGUAUUUAGCAAUUUCUGAAUCUAAACAAUCCAGUUAUCAGCAUCAGUUGUUUGGACCAUGAUGCAGGUUGGGUUGGAGAUGCUCAACUCUCCCUGUCACAGCAUUUCUACCAGCAGAGUCCUGUGAUAUCUGUCCUGGAUAUUGACCUUUACCCGGUGUCUACAACUGUGCUACAGCUUGACCAUCACUCUGUAAUGGCAACAAUGGCUGUAGUCUAACUCCCACUACCUGGAUCUCACCCUCUAUUCUGCAUUGUGAGCUUCUCUGUAUGACACCCUUCUCUUUCCCUUUGUCAUGUCUGUCCCUGUCUUCCCUUUCAAAAACUUGCCAUUCUGCCCCUAUCCAUUGCACCCUUCCCUGUUCCAAUUGCUCUAUCAUAUACCUCAGGCUAUUAUCAUUUGUCCCCUUUACUCUACUAUACAGUCUUUUUAUACCCCAUAUUUUGCUGGGACUGGCACUUACCACUCAGACUUCUGCCUUUGUAUUAUUUUGUUUUACCACUGAUAGGCUUCUCGUCAACUCUGUUACCCAAUACUUGCCCCAUGCCACCGUCUCCUUUGCCCCUGUCACCCAGUACCUGCCCCAUGGCACCCUUGAACAGUGCUAUAUGCCACCCUCUCCUUUACCCUGUCACCCUGUACCUGCCCCAUGCCAUCCUCUCCUUUACCCUGCCACCCUGUACCUGCCCCAUGCCAUCCUCUCCUUUACCCUGUCACCCUGUACCUGCCCCAUGCCAUCCUCUCCUUUACCCGGUCACCCUGUACCUGCCCCAUGCCACCCUCUCCUUUACCCUGUCACCCUGUACCUGCCCCAUGCCACCCUCUCCUUUACCCGGUCACCCUGUACCUGACCCAUGCCACCCUCUCCUUUACCCGGUCACCCUGUACCUGCCUCAUGCCACCCUCUCCUUUACCCGGCCACCCUGUACCUGCCCCAUGCCACCCUCUCCUUUACCCGGUCACCCUGUACCUGCCCCAUGCCACCCUCUCCUUUACCCUGUACCCUGCCCCAUGCCACCCUCACCCUUGCCCCCUUUAUCCUGUACCCUGGCCUAUGCCACCCUCCCCUUUGCCCCUUCAUCGUAAGUCAGUUGUUUCUCCUGCUUGCAGGUUGCUCUGGCAGAGACUGUGGUUGCUGCUUUCUUGACAAUUUCGGACCUUUAUUGAGGGACUAUUUUGAUUUGCAGGGAAUAUGCCCCACACCAGCAUGCGAUCAGGUAAGUUGUUCUAUGAUCUGCUUGUUUUACUGUCUGCGCUGUGUUCAUCUGAAAUGUAAACUAUUUAAUCAAUUUCUAACAAAAGCCUUCUGACCUCUUAAUUCAGUAAAACCUCACUGACUGUGGAAACAUACCUCACUAUAUUGUACAAAGUCCAUUGGUCAAUAAUGACAGUAAUCUUCAUUUUAGUAUAGUGUGAUGGGUUCUAGCGGUGUUACUAAGUGUCAUGUCCUGCUGUGUUCAGGCAUCCAGACAUUAUAUUGAUCACGUGAUGAGAUUUAAUUGCAUACUGAUGCUUGAUGAUGUUUUUGCAAACAUGCAGUGCAGUUGUGUGUAUACUGGCAGGCGAAAUACACCACAACUACAAUAAGUCAUUUAAAGAAUCCAAUGCAUGACAGUCAGCCAACUUCUCUGAAAAGGGGGAAUGCUUCAAAUUGGAAAACAAAUAAAACGAACAGUCUGCAAUAUGUUACUUUGAAACCUAUCUAUGUAUGUCUGAAUCAAUGUAUCUAUUCUCUCUCUCUCUCUAACCAUCCAUCCAUCUAUCUAUCUAUCUAUCUAUCUAUCUAUCUAUCUAUCUAUCUAUCUAUCAUCUAUGUAUCUAUCUUUUUCUCCAUCCCUUACAGAAUAGCCUGUAUCAGGCACUGGAUAUCUUUAUAAUAAGUAUUUAACAAAUAACAUAUUCAUUGCCUAUUCUCCCCAUCCCCGAGUGUAUGUGUGAGUUAUCCUAUUUCUAAUUAAGGAACUGCCCCUUAAUACCCCCUGGCAGGCUCUGGUGCCCUGGGGAGCAGAAUCUGUUUUGUUCUUACCCCUCUAUCUGUUUCUGCGCUUAAUCUUUUUCACGGAUAUAUCGCCUAUAAAUAGAUUCGUUUAAUACAUUUAUUUUUUCGAUAGUCAGUAAAUCCUGUGUUGGAUAUUUCUGCCAACAGCCCAGAUUUUGCUAAGUAUAUAGAGACAACAUGUUUAUUUGGAGUCCCUCUUUCCCAAAGAGGAAGGUGCCUUAUUCUGCGCAUUAUUGGUCAUUCUGCAGAAAAGGACUAAAUUAAUUGAACAGUUUUGGGCAGAACAUCGAUCCAUAAGACACAUUGUGGACUGCAACAUCCUAUAGUAGCAAUAUAUAAUCUAAUAGCAUUAUGACAUAAAUUCAAACAGUAAUAAAAUAUACAACAUAGAAUGCUUGUGAAAGAUGAACACAAUGUACAAAUGCACUGUACAUAGAAACAACAACAUAGAAUAUAUGGAUAACUGAGCAAAAGAUUUUACCUAUCUGCUGCAGGUUCAGGGGUAAAAUUUGUAUGUCUCCCCUAAAGAUAACGAGGUAAAGGAUUUGGCCCCUGCAGAUGUAGAGGUAACGUUUUGGCCACCUCCUGCAUAAUUAGGUGUAAAAUAUUGUAUCUAUGCCAGAUAUAGGGGUUUUCGAUUUUAUAUACACAUAUACAGGUAAUCGAUUUUAUAUAUACACACAUAUAUAUAUAAAAUCGAUUACCCCUAUAUCUGACAUGGAUAACAUGUAUCGAUUAUAAAAUCGAUUAUAAAGUGUGUGUGUAAAAGAUUUGUCCAUGUCCUGCAGAUAUAGGGGUAAAAGAUUCGUUUGUCCUCUGUAGGUUUGCAGUUUUGGGAACAUUGUCAUCUUCUGUUUUAGGAUCAGAAAUAGAUGCUUUGAGGUCACAUCUCCUGUUAGUCCUCAAUUUGAAUACAAGUUAAUUAGCAGAUAAUUUGCCUGGCUGCAGAAUGAUCACUAUCCCCUCUGCUGACACUUUAACUGCCUCUCUGAUUGAUGCAACUUCAGGGAAGAUCUGAGGAGGAGAUGAGUGUUUCAAUGUAUCCCCAGCCCCACUGUAUCCAGUUUCCUUACUUUCAAAAGAACUCUUUCUGAUAUCUGCAUGUAGAUCUGACACUACUCACUGCACCUAUAAUUCGUUGCUCCAUUGCCUAAAUUUCCUUUUUUUACAAAGGCUUGACAGCUCCUUUAAUUUUCUAAUUAUAAAAACACUGUGUAUGGUUGGAGGGCAUUGCUGUGUUAUUACUUCCUUAUCUACCUUUCCCUUGUUUCAUUCCCAAAAAUGCAAAGAAUUUACAUUUUUGUUUUGGUUUAUUUUUUUAAUAUAAAAUAAUUUUCCUUGGAUUCAUGGCAUAUUAGAAGAAAACCUGGUUUGUUACAGAGUAUUUUUUUUCAACUCUUUAGAUGUGUAGUUAUUAUAAGAAUAUGUUUUUGUUGUUGUUGUUGUUUGUUUUUUAGUGUACAAUUUUGAAAUACCAUAAAUGAAAUAAUUCAUCCGAUUUGUCUCGCUAGUUGGUGAAUAUCUGAGAUUAUAUAAACUAAUCCAGAGUGAAUUUUUAGAUUAGUACAAAUCAAUAAACAAGGAAACAUCAGGUUCAACGUAAAUUAUUAUUGUUACAGAUUUGUAACAACAAUAUUAUUAUUAUUAUUACUAUUAUUAUAUAUCGCCUGCAUAUGCCGCAACGCCGUACAACAGACAGAUAUCUUUAAGGAUUGUGCACCCCGGGAUUAAAAGAAAACCAAUGUCUGAUCUAAACAGCUUGCAGUCUGUACCAAUCCGAUAUUAAAAUGCACAUUAUUAUUAUUAUUAUUAUUAUUAUUAUUAUUAUUAUUAUUAUUAUUAUUAUAUUUUGAUAAUUAUUAAUAUGUUUGUUAUUUUCAUGAAAUUAUAAUUAAAUAUGGUUUUAUUAAGAUUCAUUUUGCAUACAAAAUGAUUCAAAUAAAAUAUAUUCUUGUUUGUUUCGGGAAAAAGGGGACAUUUAAAGUAAGCGUAAUAAAAACUGCUUUAUAUCACUUUAUAAAAAGAGGUUAAGGUGCUCCCUGAUGCAAUAUAAAGAAUAAUAAUGUGCUUGCUCAUUAAGUGUUAAUAACGAUGUAAACUGCCGUAUUAAUCAUUUUCUGAAGGAACUCCCAAACUCUAAAACAACACGAACUCAGCAUUUGAAUUUUUUACAUUCGUUUAUUUCAAUAUGAAUAGUACUUUGCAGUGGACACAUAACCGACUGCUUAGAAUGCAAUGUUCUUAGAGGAGUAAUGACUCACCCAUGGUACUGCAGGAGUUUGUGAACUACAUUUCCCAUGAUGCAGCAUGCUGGCUGAGAUUCAUGAGACAGGUAGUAGACAAACACUUGCAAUUAGAAGCUUAGCACUCACUGGCUGAGGCUGGUAUAGCAUUAUAUAAGCCAUGUAAGAGAGAUGUAUUGAUUGAUUUUACAAACACAUUUAAUGAACGACCCAACGUGUUUCAGACUCCAUUGUCUGUCUCCACUUCAGUAUUUACACUAACAUUAGGUGAUCACUUAAUUAAAUGUAUGCAAUAUCUUAACAGACCAGUAUAGCUCCUGAAAUAGCUCAAUAAGGGGGUCUCUAUAAAUAAGUGCAUAUCACCCCCCCACCCCCCCUAAUCCUUAAAAUCAAAUUCAUUUACAUCAGGAAUCAAACUAACUUUUAAUUAAAUAUAUAUUUCGAUUUACACAGGACCUGUAAACUGCAGUUAAUCUCACUAAGACUUUAUUUUUUCGCCAUAACUCUCAAAACCAGUUAUUUUGCUAUUAUUUCAAUAACCAAUAAUGGUUGCUACAAUUUUUAUUCUUUAAUUUGUAACACAAUACAGCGCUUGUUUUAACAAAGUGGAAUAGAUUAGAAGCAUCUGAUAUUAACACUGACACUAAUCCAAUUUAUAUAGUAUUGUAGUAAUCCUACUGAUAGUAUAUGCGAAUCAUUGUAAUUAAAAGUAGUAAUAACAGCAACAGCACCAAUAAUACUAAUAUUAUCAAUAAUAUUUGUGUGUUUAUAAAGCGCCAACAUGUUCCGCGGCGCUGUACCAUUAAGGCGAUAUACAGACAGAACAAAAUAUUGACAUAACAUCAGCAAAGGAAUUGAGCCCUGCCCGUGGGGUUAAAACCAAAACCUAUCUAUUCCUAGGUAUCAGACAUUCUAAUAGAACUCUAGAAAGGAACCAGCUCUAGAUGAAGUCAUGCAAUGUCUGUAUGUGCUGCUAUUUAUUACUGACCCAUGAUCCAGGUUCUCAUUGACAGGGCAACAGGCGUGUUGGACUAUAUGGCACUGUCUGCUGAGAUAUCAUCACUGGUGUGGGACAUCCAAUAAAAGAUGGAGGGAACUUUGACCCCCAACUCCCAUGAUGUUCAGCCAUCCUCUAUCAUAAUAUUUAAUACAACUUCCCCAAAACACUCCACCCUUUUCUCAGUGAGUAGUCACUAGCCAAUUUAGCCAGCCCAGUAGUAAUUAGAAUGUCAGUAAUAUGCCAUUCAUGGCAGAGAUCUCUCAUCGUGGACAUGCUGAUUAGAACUAUGUUAUAUAUCAGUUAGAUCUUUCAGUAUACACUAUGUGGAGUGGCUGCUGUAUACUUAUUGUGACAAUUACUACACCUGGAAUUAAUAGCUACUCUAUGUAGGGAACAUAUUAAUAUAUCACACCUACCUCUUUCUCCUUUCACUCACUAGAUAGUGAGCUGUGUGUAGUCCAGAGCUAACUUGCAAAAUCCAGGACGUUAUAAGUGAAAAUGACACAUUAUUUAGCUCCUCAGUACAAGGUGUGAUAUGUUAUAAGUAAGUAGUUAAUUCACAACACACUCUGUAUUAAAUAGAACCCUAGCUCUGUGUUUCCUAAGUGAUAGAACAUCUACACACCACCAUGUUUUUUCGAUACACCAUGCUUCCCAAGUGUCCCUAUUUAGGAGGAACAGUCCCUAUUUCAGGCCCAAAUCUCUGUGUCCAUGUUUUCUAUCCUAAUGUAACUCUUUCUUGUGUGUAACAGAGCUCUACAGUACUACUCCCAGUAAUGUGAACUUCAAAUUAUUUGGCUAUAACAGCCAAAUUUAAGGCAAAAUAGUAUAAUUAGACAAAUUCCCCAAGUCAAGAAUUGUAUUCACUAUUUGUGCCUAAAAAAUGUAAUUCAAUUUGAAUUUACUUGAACUUCCCAAAAACUCACAGUUUAGUGAAUAACUCUGUAAGGGAAUAAAAGCACAGAAGUUUAUUCUGAAUUAGCAAAUUAAAAUCCAGUUGGUAAAAUUUAGAGUAAAAUUACUCAUGUGGAAAAAAAAGAUCUCUAACUUAGUUUUACUCAUAGCUUGGCUGCUUUAGUCUUGAAUUUGUCAGUCAGAUUUAAAUUCUCUACAAUUUAUUGUUUAGUAAAAAACAAAGAAAAAAAAAACCUGAUUGAGGUUAUUCACCAAACAGCAAAUUGUGGCGUGUGAUCCAUUAAUAUAUAAAAACAACCGUAAAAUGAAUUAUUCUUAAAAAGGACUGAGUUAAUUUUCCACGAAAAUUUAUUUCUUAUAGUACACCUAUAUGAAGCACAAAGCAGUACAAUAUAUCAGAAUAAUAGCACUGAACAGAAAGAUAAAGAAUAAUCAAGAGCUAUACUUAACAGUCAGACAUUGUGAAAUGCUUAUUGUGGUGGUGCUGUGCUUGAUAGUGGCUUAAAUAGACUCUCAAAGAACAUAUUUGAUUUACUCGCAGAAAAAAAGAAAACUGUCUGCUUUUUACUGCGUACAAUGCAUUCUCUAUUGCUUUUACAAAGCAGGGUUUGUUUUCUGUGACAGUGAAAUAUAGGUUGGUAUAGUUGUAUCAUACUGUUUCUUUAAAUGACUUAAUUUGCUACAAUUUCAAUUGUCCAUCUUUAUCUUCUUUGAAUCUGACAUGUGAUGAAUUAAUUCAGUACUGCUGGCAAAAAAAUAAAACAUUAAGCUUUAAUCACUGCACAUUGGUUUGUGGCAAACCGGAAAGCAAUUUUAUAAAGUUUAGGCCAAAAUAGUCGAUUUUUUUUGGGGGGGGAAUUCAGUUAGGUUACCUCGCCUAAAAGUUUAUAAUUAAUUCACUUUGAAUUCCUGACAAUUCAAAUAUUAGUGAAAUAUCAUGUAGGUCAUCUAUAUUCUCUAACUUAGAUAUCCAGACCUAAAUGUUUUACAUUUGGUUUACACUCAAUUUACUGUUUUUGCAGUCACAAAAUAUUUUAUAUUACUGACCAUACUUUUGUUGAUCCAUCACCAUUCAUUCAGAAUUCAUGGUAUUGAAAUAAUUAUUCUGCCUUGCAAAUGUGUUUAUACAAAGUAAAUGCCAAAAGUAAAUUUAAAAUGUGUUUUAAAAUAUAUAUACAUUCUAUUGCCAUGUCUUAAUCUCAGUUGUUGGCAACCUUCUGUGCUCCAGGUGUUGUGGACUACAUCUCCCCUAAUGCUUUGCCACCAUUAUGACUUCAAGAGCAAUAUGGGAGAUUCCAAAGAUUGCCAACCCCUCACCUAGUUCACGAAGCCUGCCCUACAGCUGUUGUAUUGCUUAAAAUUCUCUGGCAGACAAGAAAUAGAUCAUUAUGAAGAAAGUACUCGAUAUUCACCUAUCUGAUUGUUACAGUAAAGGAAUGGUUGGAAGCUAGAAGAUUGCUUGAAACAUUGUGAUUUAUCAGACCACUUAAUUACAGAAAAUGUAAAUGAACUAUUUGGCAUUUUCUAAAUUUCUGAAUACAAUUAACAUGUUUUAUAAUAUUAUUUAAUGAAAUAAUGUUUAUAACAUUAACAAAUCAAAUUUAAAUGGGGGAAUAUAUGAAAUGGUCAUAUGGUUAUCUAGUAGAAUUUGCUUAUACGGCAGCAAAUCUGGUCCAAAGCCAUUAUUUAUAGCUUUGAAUAAGGGUCCAAAUUCACAUAUUUCCAAAAAUCUGGAGUGAAAAUACAGAACUGAACUGAACCAAUUCAAAUUUACAGAAAAAUUGCCAGAAUUAGUCAUGUCUUCUUGCUGACUAAUAUAAGAAAUACACACGGAUUUGUUUUCAAAACCUUAACUUAGAUCAACUAGGAUGAAGGGGCCUAGUGACAUAUUACUGGAGGGGUUACUAACCCUGUUAGUGUUACAGGAGGGUUAUGAUUUAAGUUAGUUAUUAUAUCCAAUAUUUACCAUUACCAUUCAGACUCAUAAUUAAUACUUAAGAGAUGAUCCAGUGACUGUUUUGUAUUCCACCUUUUUACUAACUCAAUCUCAGUUUUUCAUACUUUACUUCUACAGGUUUCUCUCAAUUUGCCGUAGAUAGUAAAGAAAACAAAAUCGUGCACCAAUUCUCACACAAUUUACAACUCAAAGGUGAUUUAUAUCAAAAAAAGCAGAAUGCAUGCUACUAAGUUACAGACAACAAAAACUGUCAAAGUAUAUGCUUAAUUUUUUAAAUAAAAAUAUGUUUUCUUAAAAAUAUUCUAAUCCAUAACAAUAUGUUUUCCAUUUUCUUAACAUGGGAUGCAUAUUGGAAUGAAUAUAGGAAAGUCUAUAACUAGUUUCACACUAGUUAUUGAUUAGCCACAUACAAUCUAAAAAUAUAUAUAUAUUGGGAUAUGGGGUACAUUGACGUUGUGGCAGGCUUGUGCAAUAUAUGAUCAUAUAAUGUAACUAAACCCCCAUUAUUUUUUGCCUAAGUGAGGUGUUUUUAAAUAAAACUAUUACAAUCUGUGAGAUUUUAAAUCAUUGUUUAGUGAAUAAGCGAGUAUGCUGGAUUGUGUAUUUUGUACAUUGUAUAUUUAUAUAUAUAUAUAAUUCCUUUAAGUGCAAUAAAGUGAGGCACAUUUAUGAUAAACAUGUCAUACUUGACAUGUCUUCCUUAAUUCUCAUCCUUCGUCUCAUAGGGACCCUGAGAUCAAUGAUGACAAUUCUAAUGAUAUCCAGAUAUUAGCAAAUUGUCAGUCAUUCCAUAGGUACAAAGUUUAGCCAGCAUUGUAAUUAUUAAGGGCCCUAAAGAUGGAGACCAAAGUUACACUAUAAAAUACCAGAUACACUUAGACGUCGUCUGUCAGACAAAUCUUGAGAUAUCAGAAUCUUUUUUUUCAGGUAAAAAAAAUGAGCACAUUACUGAUUUUACAAAAAUCCAAAAAUGCAUGAAGUGUGUCCUCAGAAGAAGGGGUGCACGUUUAAAGGCCAUUAUUGGCAAAUAAUGGUGGGUGGGGAUACAGGGAAAAUUGGUAGUAUGUACAUAAAAUAAUCUCCCUGCCGAGGUUACAGAGGCUAAUAUGGGAGGAUAAUGCAGGCAUGAUUAGAAUAUGCAUAGCUAUCCUGAAUAUUAAAUCAGCCAGACAAGAGGAAAAAUGCCAAAAUGAGCUCGCGUAUGUGGGUAGAUACGUUGUAUAGAAAUGUUACACGCGUUGUCACAGACCUGCAUUGUAACAUCUUCAUUCUACUUUCUCUCUUAAUUUACUUAUAAAGCACCAACAUAUUCUGUAUCAUUGUACAACAGGGAACGUGUUUAUAGUAAAUCUAGAUAGCUGUUCUAGUGGAAGCGUAGAUGAUGCUUUGAUCAAUGUGUUUACAAUGUAAAUGGAUUAUGGUAGAAUUACACAGAGUAUAUAUUGCAAUAUAUUCUGAAAUAGAGGAAUAUUAAAAGGUGUACGGUUUAUAUCCAGUUAUAUAUUAAAUGCAUAUUGAUUAUAUAGGAUACAUGUACAUAGAACAUAUAUUGCAAUAUAUUCAGGAAUCGGGAAUAGGUUACUUGGUAUACACUAUAUAUCUAGCUAUAUACAAUAUGUAUAAAAAUGAUCUCAACCUCAGUCUCUUUCCACCUUUAGUUGGGUGAGAAUUCUAUUACAGCUUAGUGAAUUAGAAUGUUCCCAUAGACUUAAAUGGAGAAGGCGCUAUUUAGUUAGAAGACUGUCAAGGCUAAGAGAAAUUCUAAGUGAAUUUAAGGCCAUAGUAUCCAAAAUAUGAGUGAGUUACAGAUUUUUGUUAACUUGGUUAUUUUGCCCGUAAAGGGACACUGUAGUCACCAAACAACUUUAGCUGAAUGAAGAUGGCAUAUUGAUCAUGCCCCUGGAGUCUCACUGCUCAAUUCUCUGUUAUUUAGGAGUUAAUUCACUUUGUUUAUACAACCCUAGUAUCACCUCCCUACAAAUGACCUGCACAGACUUUCUAAACACUUCCUGUAAAGAGAGCUCUAAUGUUUAAACUUACUUCAUUGCACAGUCUAUUUAAUUUAGAAUUUCUUAUUCCCUACUGUUAAUAGCAUUAUUGACUCUGCAAGUUCCUCCUGUGUGUGAUUAAAGUUCAAUUUACAAAACAGGACAUACAAACUUCUAAAGCAAGUUAACAUCUGAUAGAAAAUGAAACCAUUUUGUUUUCAUGCAGGCUGUGUCAGAAGAUAUGCCAAGUCUCCCGGAGGUUCUGGGAGACUCAUGCAUUUCACUGCGGCUCCCAGACACCCGCAAAUCAUAUACAAUAUCCUGGAAAUCAUACACACAAUCUAACAUACGAUGUAUGUGUAUGUGUGACUUCCAGGAUAUUAUAUAUGAUUUGCGCCCGCUGAUAAUGAUCACUAAUGAUUGUGGCCCUUUAAGAGCCGACUAAGCCUGUGUAGUAUCGGCCUGCAGGGAGGAGGUGACAGGCUGUGAAUGAACUGAAGUUAUUCUGAUGCCUAUAGUGUCUGUUUACAUUUUAAAUUCAGUAUGAUUUUAUCUUGAACCUUGUAAGUCUUAACACUCUUAAAGGAACUCUCCAGUGCUAGGAAAACAUAUGUGUUUUCUUGGCACUGCAGGUUCCUGCAGUGCCCCUCUCCUUCCCACCCCCAUCCCAUGUUGCUGAAGGGGUUAAAACCCCUUCAGUGACUUACCUGAAUCCAGCGCCGAUGUCCCUCAGCGCUGGGUCUGGCUCCGCCCACGCUCCUCCCCCGCUGACAGGGGAGACCUAAUGCACAUGCGCGGCAAUGGCUGCAUGCGCAUUAGACCUCCCCAUAGGAAAGCAUUAUCCAAUGCUUUCCUAUGGGGAUUCCGACAAUGCUGAAGGUCCUCAUGCAUAGCAUGAGGAGGUCCAGCUUCGUUUAAAACUUUUUGUGUUUUAAGAAAACGGAAUUCCCUCUAGUGGCUGUCUAUCUAGGACUUAACCCUGCAAGGUAAUUAUUGCAGUUUAUAAAAACUGCAAUAAUUACAUUUGCAGGGUUAAGGGUGAUGGGAGAUGGCAUCCAGACCACUCCAAUGGGCAGAAGUGUUCUGGGUACCUGGAGUGUCCCUUUAAGAUAAUGUAGUCUAAUGUGUCUGAUGUUCCUUUUUCAUUGCAUAAACCAAUUGUUUGCUCUCAGAUUAUGGUGAUGUAGGCUCUGAAUAGUGUAUUGGAUUUAAUUAUAUAUAUAUAUAUAUCUAUAUCCUCUUUAAAAAGCCAGGUUUCCAGUGUCUGAAAAUUUAAUAUCAAAAGUUUGUUUGCCAAAAAAACGAAUAGAAUGGCGGCACUUUGCAGCUCAGUUUAAUUAUUUUAGAUUUAUUCACUGCAGUGAGAUUUCAAAAUGAAUUCAAAGUGAAUUUCAAAAUGUUUGUCUAAAUUAGCCACAUCUGCAGCAUUGCUGACAAUUUGUCCCAUUUGGCUAUUGGGCCUUAAAUUUGAAAUUCACGUUGCAUUCAUACUUUACUAAAUAACUCUGCUUGUGUUUUGUAAGCUCUUUGGAUCAGGUUCUCCCAGCAUCCUUCAGGUGCAGAUGUAGUCUGGUAAUGUCAUGGAGUUUUAUUGUGUUAUAUCUAAACAAUCCAUUUGUUCACAGAACUCAUCACAGAGAGGGGCUGCACAGGACCGAUCAGCUCACUGCAUAUAGGUCAGCGGUUAAUUCUAUUAUACUUGUAAUACACAUAUACAGAUUGAUGUUCACAUCCACAUAAUGUAGAUAUUUUUCAUUACGAUUGAUAGACUUCUAAGUUUACAUUUAAAUAAGAAUUUCUCUAGUUGAGAUAACAUAUGUAAAAGGCGGUGGUACCAUUACUGCCUCAUGUAUGAAGUUUAGCAACACACAGCAUAUUCAGUGUAAAUGUAGCUACACACAGCAAGUGAUAUACCCAGUUAAUAUUUAAACAAAUUAAACUUUAAGGUAACAUGUAAGCAAAUUUACAAUGUAAUGAAUUAGAAUAUAGCAAAAUGUGAUUAAAAAAAAUACAGCACAUCUAGUGAGGUAUAGCAAGGGUACAGCACAGUGAUCUCAUGUUUUACCUUUUCAUAUAGAUUAUUUUUAAGAUAAAGAUACAAAUUGUUGAGUAGUACAUUCAGCCAAAAUCUACUCUUUUACAGUUAUACCUGUGUUGUUGUCCAGUCCAUGUGAUGUACAGUGGUCAUGUCAUGUUACUUCUUGAGCAAACAUAUAGCUUCCUACAUGGUAGAGUUUCUUAAACCAUUCAUCCUGGAUCACCAGUGAUUUACUAUUUAGAAAUUACCUACUUCUUUUCCAAUGAAAAGUUGAUAACAAUUGGACAAAUGGUUAUUCUAUGAACCCCAGUUAUUUGAAUUAAAGAUAUGCUAGGUGAGGAUCCGGCAACCCAUAGCACUCCAAAUGUUGUGGACAAUAUCUCCCAUAAUACUCUUACAGUCAUACUGCUGCAUCAUGGGGAAUUUAGUACACAACAUCUGGAGCACCAAAGGAUGCCUGCCCUGGCACUAGGUCAUAUUUAUCAAGGUUUGCUAUAUUGGAGAACACUCUCUCCCAGUAGAGAGAACUCACAAGCUGCCAUCCUUUUAAGGAAAGUAAAAACAGUUUCAUAGAUUUUCUUCUGCACAUGUGUCUGUCUAGUUCAUUGGAUCCCAAUCCAGUUCCCAAUGUGCACCAACCGUACAGUAUUUAGAUAUUUCCCAUUACUGUUUCUGUGGGUACACUGACAUAUUCUGAACAAUUGGUGAGCCUUAAAAUGACACUAUUGUCACCAAAACAACUUUAGCUUAAUGAAGCAGUUAUGGUGUAUAUAUCAUAACCAUGCAGUCUCACUGCUCAAUUACCUGCCAUUUAGGAGUAAAAUCACUUUGUUUACGCAGCCCUAGUCACUCCUUCCUGAAUGUGACUUACACAGCCUUCCUAGAGUCAUCUAAAGUUUACACUUCAUUCAUUGCAAAAUCUGUUAAAUUUAGAUUUUCUUAUUCCCUGCUAUGUCAAUAGCUUGCUAGACCCUACAUGUAAUUAAAGUUCAAUUUACAGAGCAGGAGAUACAAACUUUUAAAUUAAGUAACAUAAGAUGGAAAAUGAAACCAUUUUGUUUUCAUGCAGGCUGUGUCAGUCAAAGCCAGGGGAGGUGUGGCUAGGGCUGCAUGAACAGAGGCAAAAGUGAAUUAACUCCUAAAUGGCAGUGAAUUGAGCAGUGAAAUUGCAGGGGAAUGAUCUAUACACUAAACCUGCUUCAUCAAGCAAAGGUUGUUUUUGUGACUACUCUAAGAUCUGAACUGGAAACCACUACUCUAAUAGUGUAUAACACGUCAGUAAAAUAAUAUUCCAUGCCACAGGGGUAUGGUGCUACACUUUGUCUUGGAGAAACAAAGAUUCACAUGUUUGACAUCAUUAGUGUUAUGACACCCAACUUGUAAUGCUGAGCUUACAAAGUAUAGUUACCUUGUGCAUAGUCAGAACCACAUGUAGGAGGUAGAUGGAGCUCCACAGGUUUCAUGUUUUUGGCUAUGAAUUUUCUAACUGUUAUGUUCUGUUUACUUCUUCAGGUCAUGGAGGUUUGAAUCAGCUAGGUGGGGCAUUUGUGAAUGGGCGCCCUCUGCCAGAAGUAGUUAGGCAACGGAUUGUCGACCUGGCACAUCAGGGAGUUCGUCCAUGUGACAUCUCACGCCAGUUGAGGGUCAGUCAUGGAUGUGUCAGCAAGAUCCUGGGCAGGUAAGGAGAAACAAUGAAAAGAUCUUAUCAGAAAUUCUAAAAUGUGACAGACAUGUAUAUAAAUUGCAGGGAAUGCACAUAGAUGGGUCCUAGACAUAAAGCAGAGAAAAGAUUAUACAUUCUAUGAUUAUCUAUAUAGCUCCUAAAAUAUAUUGGAGGUUAUAAGAUCUUAAACAAUGAUACAUAAAGAAACGGCAUAAUAAAAAGAGCUUAAAUUUAAAUGUCUAUCAGGAAAUAAGAGUACAUGAGGUGACUUUGUGUUAUACAGUUCUACAUUAUACUUCUUACACUGUAUACAUAUAUAUACUGAUGCAUGACAUUAACAAUAGGAUAAAAUAAUUCACAUAACAUAGAGGAUAAACUUUUUGAAGAAUUUGAAAGAAUAAAAUCCUCUUUUUUUCUGAGGAAUACUCAAAUAGCUUCUGUAGAGCAACAUAGACAUUGCUUAAAAAAGAGUGGUGAAUUACUACACAUUGGAGUCAGUUAAAACUAAAUAGAAUAUAGACCAUAUGACUCAUUUAAUAGGGCAUAUCUGCAUCUAAUGAAAUUAAUCUAUAUACUCCAACAACAUUGUGAUAUUCAGAGUAUUUCAUAUUCAAGUAUAAAUAAAUAUGGGCCAUCCAAACAAUUGAUCUAACAGUAGUUAGAUCAGUAGUUCUAACUGAUUGUUCUAAUUUAUAAAAAAAAAAAAUGUAAUUAAACAUUCCCUUGCUGUUAGCAUACAACUGUAGCAUGCAUGUGAUAGCCAGAAUUUAGCAUCAGAUUAAUAGAGUGGUUGAAGGUCCCAUGUGCACAACUUCAAUGGGCCUUCACCAUUGCUAAAUUACUUUCUCCUUUUUUGAGGAUAACAAGGUCAUUUGUAGCUGUUCCCUACUCAACCCCUCUGGUCAUGUCAGUGCAAUUUAAUCAGAUAAUAACGUUUCAGUUAUAUAAUGUUGUGGUUUUUGGUAAUUAUACCUUGUUCUGUAUUGGAGUAGGUACUAUGAGACGGGCAGUAUCCGACCAGGUGUCAUCGGGGGUUCAAAACCCAAAGUUGCCACCCCCAAAGUGGUAGAGAAGAUUGGAGAUUACAAGCGCCAGAACCCCACUAUGUUUGCCUGGGAGAUCCGUGACCGACUGCUUGCAGAGGGUGUGUGUGACAAUGACACUGUGCCCAGCGUCAGCUCCAUCAACAGGUGUGAUAAAUAGAUUUUCAAUGUGCACUCUGUGUGUAUAUAUAUAAUAUGUAUUUGAAAUGCAGACUGACGACUAUCUCCCCAUGUUGAAUAAUUGCUAUACUGUGGUGAGUGACUCAAUCUGCCACAAAUUGCUUUAUCACCUUUUAUGUAUAGCCAUUGAUGCCCACUCUGUAACAAACAUUUUAUAUUUUUUCCUCUCUUCUUCCUUACCAGUUUCGAUAUACUUAACUUUCCCCUGCAGGAUCUUGUGUUUUGAUUACUUUUAUAUGCCUUGUCUAUUAGCACAGAUGUCUGUAAUGAGCUUCCUCUUAGACAAUCCCAUGGUAGGUGCUGUGUAUGGUGCCAUGUUCCAGCGAUCUUCUUCACUGAAAGCUGGCACAGUGCCUAUAGUCAUGACUAUCAGAGAACGCUGUAUCCCUGGGGUUUUACAGACUAUUUAUAUACUGUCAAAUCAUCCCUUUCUACAUCAUUGCAGCUUCUCUGAAUUGAGCAUUUUUGUUUUUAAUGGGACUACAUGUUUUUAACUUGAUCCAGAAAAUUGAUUUAGCAAUACAUUGUUGUACAUUUUGUGAAAUGGCAGCAUUAUUUUAUAUAGGUGUAAAUUGUUGGAAAUUCAAAGUGAAUUUCAAAUAGUAGGCAAAAAUAGCCAAUCAGAAUACAAGUCUGGAUUGGAGAUUUUAUUUUCCUAUAUGGCUAUUUUAACCUAAAAUUUAGAAUUUAGUUUGAAUUCUUGAUAGUUCACACUGGCCUGUUAGUCUGUAUCCAUGGCCUAAUGUAAUCGGUGACUGUUUAUAAAAUCUAGUAUUUGUGAACCUGGAAGAACCUGCAUAUAUUUUUUGCUAUUUUUUGUUAUAUCUUUUUGUGUGGGAAUUUCGUUUCCUUUUUAUUAUAACAGUAUGUGAGUUUCUGUUUUGACCAUACUAGUCAUUUCAAGCUUUGUGUGCGGACACUAGGUACUUUGGCUUUAUAAUGGGUCAUCUUAGGGUAAAAUUAGUUCUGACAUGGUUCUAAUAUCUUGCUGUACUUCUCUUUUUCUUAUUAUGACAGAAUAAUCCGCACCAAAGUCCAGCAGCUCUUUAACCUGCCUAUGGAGAGCUGUGUGAAAUCGUUAAGCCCUGGACAUACUCUGAGUAAGUGCCAUUGUGUCUCACUCUCCAGUUGAUGGAGUUAAUUCAAACAAGGAUGUAGGCUAGAAGGACUUUCACACUGUCCACGAAAAAAACUGUCCACAAAAAAAAACUAUUAUAAGGCUGUCAGUCUUAGUCUUAGUUUAGACAUUUGACAGUUGCCUUGCAGUCAUGUUGUAUGUUACAAAAUUCCAUUUAUAUUUCAUAGUUGUUUUCUUAGAGCCAUUUAGCCUUUGGAGUUAGGAAUUAGGUUUCAAUUUAUAGGGUAGCUCCAAUCCUCAUAACCAUUACAGCCCGCUGUACAGGCCAGGGCCCUAUUAGUAUUACAUUCAAAACUUCUGCUAUGUAGCAUGUCUGAAUGAUGGUGCUCAAGUAGGAGUCAAUACAAUACUAAGUCAGGCAGUUCAUGUAGGCUUGGCCAAUAGUAAAAACCUUCCAUACACAGUUAUUAAAUAUUAUUACUGGGAAGCACUAUAAAAUGCUUGAUAAAUUUUACAGCAAUAUUAAAGGGACACUAUAGUCACCUGAACAACUUUAGCUUAAUGAAGCAGUUUUGGUGUAUAGAACAUGCCCCUGCAGCCUCACUGCUCAAUCCUCUGCCAUUUAGGAGUUAAAUCCCUUUGUUUAUGAACCCUAGUCACACCUCCCUGCAUGUGACUUGCACAGCCUUCCAUAAACACUUCCUGUAAAGAGAGCCCUAUUUAGGCUUUCUUUAUUGCAAGUUCUGUUUAAUUAAGAUUUUCUUAUCCCCUGCUAUGUUAAUAGCUUGCUAGACCCUGCAAGGGCCUCCUGUAUGUGAUUAAAGUUCAAUUUAUGAUUGAGAUACAAUUAUUUAAGGUAAAUUACAUCUGUUUGAAAGUGAAACCAGUUUUUUUUUUUCAUUCAUAGCCAGGGGAGGUGUGGCUAGGGCUGCAUUAACAGAAACAAAGUGAUUUAACUCCUAAAUGACAGUGAAUUGAGCAGUGAAAUUGCAGGGGAAUGAUCUAUACACUAAAACUGCUAACCUAAAAGUAAUUUAGGUGACUAUAGUGUUCCUUUAAAUAAUUCCGUUCUUCAAAACCAACAUCAAAAGGGCAAUCUGUGCACCAUAACCACUAUGGCUCACUGUAGCGAUUAUGGUGCACCGAGUCUUUGGUGGUGUACCCCAGAUUGCUGUCAAACUAUUAUUUAGUGCUUUUCCUAAAGCCCAACCGAUCUAUAGCCAAAUGAAUAAUAAUGAAAGCUGCAUCUUCCAUUGAGAGGUUGCCCAACCAUGGAUUUUAAAGAUAAGCUGAUCUAAUAGAUCUGGUUUAAUGGUUGCUGGGCACUUGUGUGGCAGUUCAGAUGCCAGUCACACAGAUUUAGUUGGCAUGACAAUUCCAUAGGAAACAACUGGAAUUUAAGGUGGUAAAGGGGAGGCAAUGAUUUUUAAGGCGGAAUAGAAGGAAAAGACCAAGCCUAAGUGACUACAUUACUUAACUAAUGCUAUUAAGUCAUUUUACCAAAAUCUUUAUUGAUACAAUAAAAUUACGUUCUGAGUUGUGUGCAGUUUAAACACAAAACAUUGUAAGAUUUAGAUUUGCCGUUAUCGUCAUUUUCCUGUUUGUCUGUCAGUUCCUAGUUCAGCCGUCACACCUCCUGAGUCACCACACUCAGACUCUCUAGGAUCAACCUAUUCCAUCAGUGGCUUGUUGGGUAUCAGUCAGACCGGCUCAGAUGGGAAACGCAAACUUGAUGAUAGUGAGUAGAAUUUUUUUUCCCCCCAGAAUGUGCAUGUUCUCAAUACGAACUUUUCCCAAUAUAUACAAUAUUAGUGACAGUACACAUUUUUUUUACUUAGGAUGUAAUUCUCAAUCCUGGAACCUGAUACUAUUAAGUACGUAUAUUAGAAAGCAGAAUAAAAAAUAUUACUAACUCGAUCUAGUUCAUUUUCAUUUGUUUAAAUAUUAACUUCCCAUGCAGAUUUAUCCAUUUUAAUCUACAAAGCCUUCCAAUGUCAUAGCAGAAAAGUCUUCAAAUACGGUAUACACAGUAACACAGUGGAUUUCCACUUUUUCAAAUCCAUAUACUCUAUGUGGGGAUGGUAGGUGUGUGUCUUAAAUCUUCCAAAAAGCACAAUAUAUAGAAUAAAUGUAUGCUGUUUUGAAGAUGACACGUCCAUGCUAAGAAUAAGGCAAAUUAGAAACAGCAAUGUUAGUGAAAAUAAAUGAUCGGUAUUAACCCAUCCAUUUAACAGGCUGACAGAACAAACAUGAAUAUUACUCAUCUGCACUUUUAUGCUGGUGGUUGUUUGGUUGAAAAAUAUGUAGAUGGUUUGUUAAGCUAGAACUCAGUUAUAAAAUAAUAAUAAUAAUAAUAAUAAUAAUAUAUGUGUAAAUACACUGUAGGUAGUUAAACAAUAAAUGUAUUUUUGGUAAAGAUACAUAUACUAUUUGAAGCAAGUAACUACAUGAAACGUUUUUAAAUACCAUGGCAUUAUUAGCUGUUUAAACUAUAGACUUUUACGGAGAACAUUUAAUUUCUCUUCCUCUUCUGCUUCUUCACCCCUUUCUCGUAGAAUGUAAGCUCAUUUGAGCAGGGCCUAAUUCACCUCUUGUCUCUGUUAUUUUCUGUAUGUCAAUUAUUUGUCUAAUAUCUCAUUUUUUAUAAUUGUAAAGUGAUACAGAAUAUUAAUGCUAAUAGUAAUAAUAAUAAUCAUCAUUUGGUGAUUUGCUAAUCUGUCACGAGGAAAUAUGGAUCCAAUAAUGAUUGGAGUUGAGAUUGUGAGGCAAUAAUAUAAAAAAAUCCCACUGAUAGAGAAACGUUUAAUAGGAUAUCUUCACGUAACUGUAAUAAGGCAUGAGUAGGCUUAACAAUAGCACAAUCAUCUUGUAUUCAAAUACAUGAAUCCUUCAUUUAUAAGCAUUUAAAUUAUAGCUAAAAAAAACAAAAAAAACAACACUUUUUCUUUCUUAAUAAUCGUUAAGAACUGAAUUGGGAAGCAAAAUGUGUGGAGUAAAUGUGUGCCGGUGACAAUUAAGGGAGAUUUCAGGAUUAUUUUAUUUGUCCCCUCCAAUCUUCUGACUGCCCAGUUAUGCUUUCAGAUCUGUCCAACCCUACUAUUAAUAUUGGCUGUAGUCUGGCCAUAAGCUUACCGACAUUAAAGGACAUUCUAAAGUGCCUCUCUUUCUCUCUCAAUAUAUAUAUAUAUAUAUAUGCUUUGCAUGGUUUGUUAUGUUGUAAUGAGACCUUUUUAAAAUAUUUCCAUUUCUUAAUGUCUGCAGGUGACCAGGAGAGCUGCAGAUUGAGCAUUGAUUCCCAGGGCAGUGGGGGACUCAGCAGGAAGCAUCUCCGCACAGAAGGAUAUGGCCAGCAUCCAUUGGACAGCUUAGAAUGUCCUUACCAGAGGCAACAUUUCCAAGAAUCCUAUCCCUCCACCAGCCACAGCAAAGCUGAGCAGGUUGGUACAAUGAAAGCAUUAUAUUAUGUUUCCUCUCCAUCACUUCUCCUGGAUGAUCACUAUCUAUGAUGUCAUUGCAGGCUCUUUACCCUCUUCCGCUGCUCAAUAAUGCAAUGGAUGAUGGGAAAUCACCACUGACUGCCACCAACGCGGCUUUAAGCAGAAACCUCACCUCACACCAAGGAUAUUCUGCACUGUCUGGUAAGAACACAGUCUUCUGAGAAAAGAUAUAAUCCAAACAUUUUGUCAGCGGGAGGGACGGGCAACAACUGAUAGUCUGCAACACACUAGUACUUUAUUCACAUCAAUGCUUUUCUUGGAGCAUAGGAAAAUAGUUCACCCCUGACUGAUUAAGGGACCAAAAACAAUUAAAAACAACACAAGUAUAGCUAUGAUGACAUCAAUGCAACUGUUUUUAUUUGUUUCUGUACUUCUUAACAAGAGAUCAUUAACGCCGACUUAACCAGGGGCUAGCAAAGGGCCAUUAAGAUACUUGGCCAAGCUUGGCCCCAUAUGCGAUCACUAUACUCAGUGUGAACCACAAUUCUGAAAAUCGAUUUUUUUUAUAUCAAUCUUUGGAUUAUUUAUUAAACUGCUAAUUGUGGAAAAAAGAAAACUGCAUAGGACGUACUUGAAAACCAGAGCAAUCUGAAUGUACCUUUGCUGGUUAAAUACUUUGUUAUUAUUAUUAUAUUAUAUGCUAAAAUUGAUCAAUCAGAAAAAAUAUUAAUCUCUGCUACUUCUCUAGCCCAGAUAUUUUGACCUCAAAUGUGCUCUUGCCUUGUCAGUUCUUCACAAUUCCCAGUUUUGUGAAUAUUUUAUCCCAUUAAGUUGUUCUAAUUACAGUGUGGCAAAUAAUUAUUACCUGCUGAUCUCUGACAUAUUUUGCAGUCCUGCACAAUGGGUAAUUUCACUCCCUCGCAUGUUUGCAUUAUGUUGUGUAUAUUAUUAAACUCAAACACUACUGGUUUUAUAGCUUGGUAUACUUGCACCAAAAUUCUUUUAAGAGAUCUGUCAAGCUGUUAAUUAAAAAUGUAAUACAAUGUAAAAACUAUUAAAUCAAAUAAAAGAAAACAAGUGAUCUACUUAUAUUUUCUUGAAAAAAUAUAUUAUUAGUUUUAUUGGUGUUUAUUCUUAAAGACCAAAAUAGUUUCUUGAGUUGUUGAACACUCUCUCUUCACAGAUUGAAGUUAGUGUUAUAUUGUAGCAUAUGGGUUACUAAACAGUAAGUCGUGUGGAAUUAGCAACCGCAUUAGCUAGAGAUUUCUUUAAUAGCUUGGCUCUUUUUGACUCAAAAGUAUGUCUCCUUGCCAGCACAUACUGGUUAAUGAAUAAAACCCCUAAAAGAUAUUACAAGUUGAAUGUUGCCAGAUAUCAAGAUAUCAUAGAAUUAAAUUUUGGAGCCCAGGAAUCCUUACAUUUAGGUAUUUCUGAAUGAAUACAUGACUCCAUUAAGUGUUCAUUUCAUGUAGAACCAGACUACAGAAAAACAAGAGGAAAUAUAAAAAGUUUAUGUAGUAGGAUAAUUAAUUGGACAAAUUUAGCCCACAGAUACUACUAAAAAGUGUAAUAAAGGCUAGAGUGCCAUUCAUACAUUUAUAAUUUUUUUCAUCAUCAACUUCAUUCAUAAAACAUUAUCAUUUGUCCUGCUUACUAUACCACCCUCUGUUUAAUUACUAAUGAGUCUGUGCUUUGAAGUAAAUGUAAUUAAUUAGAAUUCAGUUUCAUUAAACGUUCGUUUGAGGUUGUUACUUUACCUUCAACCCAUGGUCUCACAUAAGGCAUAUAUUCUCCUCGGAGCUAUGAUCAUCUGGAAAAAUUAAAGGGAUGGCUAAUCACCACUGAGGGCAGAUUUGCCCAGCGCUUGCAGCCUAUUGUUACUGUGUCAGGUUGAAUGCUUUCAGUGGAUAAUGCAUACAUGAAGCAAGAGAUUUUUUGUCAAACUGCUCAAAAAAACUGCUCAAUAAAUGUUUGAAAGAAAGGAAAAGCCUUAAAGGAACACUAUAGUGUGAGGAAUACAAAUGUGUACUCCUAAUGCUAUCGUGCGUUAUUAAAUGUUUAGGUCUCCAGUCCCCCUUGUAAUGUUUUAAAAUGCAAUAUUAUUUAUCUUUUCUCUCUUGCAGCACUGGUCUCUGCAUUGCUGUUCUGCCUCCUUGGCUGAGAUCAUAGAAAUCAAUGAUCUCAUGCAAUCCAAUGCUUUCCAAUAGAAAUUGCUAUUACAUUGAAAGUGCCUCUUGUGGCUGUCUGACUGAGGCAUUUAAAUCUUGUAUUGCAGGGGUUCCCAACCCAGUCCUCAAGUACCCCCUAACAGGCCAGGAUUUACAGAUUACCCAGUUGUGUCCUAGGUGUUUUUAGAAAACAAAAUAAAAUCACUUUAGACACAACAGGGUGAUUCCUAAAUCCUGGACUGGUAGGGGGUACUUGAGGACUUGGGAACCCCUGUUGUAUUGUAAACAUUUCCAUUCUACAGGAUGCUAAUGUUUUACACUGCAGAGACAAAGCUACAGUAGCACGACAACCAGACCACUUCAUUGAGAUAAAUUGGUAUGGUUGCCUAUAGUGUCCCUUUAAACCCUACAAUAAACUGUAGUGGUUAUGGUGCCUUGAUAAUCUCUUUAGAACCUGUGUAGAGGAUGCACAGGCCUAGGUAUCUGCUGGUUAUAAAAAAAAAAAAAAUGAUAGCAACUAUUACAUAAAUAAAACUGACAGACCAUUUAGGAAGAGAAUGCCUACAUAUUCAAAUCUAGACUUCAUGGUCAUCAUCAUUACUUUUGUAUUUAUGUUUCUCUUUAAUUUACACACAAUUUUCAUCCCAUUCAUCACCAAUUAUAGAAUUAUCUGCAUUCACCAUAAAACAAGAAGCAUCUGACAGCUCCAGCACUAGCUCCACCCCUUCAUCAUUAUAUAGUCCCACCUUCUUGGAUCUGCAGCCAAUGAAUUCAGGAGCCUCAACCCCACAUUUCACAGCAUUCUCUCAUACAGGAUCUGUAUAUGGACAGUUCACUAACAACAGGGCUAUUACAGGUAUGGCUAUCACCUGAAUCAAAUGACCAAACUGAGUCCAUUAUGACUACAUCAUAACUUAUUUCACUAUACUAUUUUUACUUUAUCUGCCAUUUAAAAAAAAUUUAUAUCAUAAAAUGGUAAAAAUAAAUUUAAAUGUAUAAAACUUUUUUAAAAGUUGGUAGCACUUAUAUUUCUGUCUUUUACACUCAACUAAAAAAAUACCUAUUUUAUCAUUUUUAUUCCACAGAGGGUUUAAAUAUAAGUGAGUCUGAGGUUGGGGUAGACAAACCAUGUACAAAAAUGUACCAUUAAAUAGAUGCUAUUGAGUUUGGAAAAAAGUUAGAUAUGUAUAAAAUAUAAUAUUUAUUCUCGAUGGCUUCUCUGAGAUCUCAAUCAUUGUAUAUGUGUCUCAAAUAAAGUUGCCUAUAAAUAGUAAUCGGUGUACAUGAUCCAAUUUUGUUUAUUGCUGUUCCGAGUGUGGCCCCUUCAGUACAUUUGGCACCUGAGGUCCAUCUCCAUGUCUAUGUUUGCCUUCUCCUCUACACAUCAUAAAAUGGAAAUAGUACUUUGUCAGGGUUAUUUACUAAAGUGUGUACUGCUGGGAUUUAAUAUUCCCAAAGUCAUCUGUUUUCAGUUCACCUAUUUUAGCCUAAAAUUUUAAAUCCAUGUCAAUUAACGCUCACCCAGUGUAACUAAUUGGGCUUUCAUUAAUUAUAUAGAACAGUUUGGAAUGCAAUACCAUAAAUUUGAGUUAGAUUUCUACUUUAUAUACUGCGUGUAGGAUUGAGUUAACUUGGUGGCUCGUAUUCCAGAUGAAGAAUCUGUUCAAACCAAAGAAUUGCAGGAGAGCUUCUUGUCAUUUUCUGGCUGAUACAAAUAUUACCACUAAAUUAGAUUACACAAACAUCUUUAACUGCUUAUUCAGUUAAAAUACACAAGUGUGCACUAUAGUACUUGGGUGUAGAGGGGAGUGCUAUAUAAAAUUGAGCUUAUUGCAUUACUAAAUAUUAUUUCAUGCCACUUUUUCUUAUAACUCUUAUGAUUCCAUUCCAUCAAGCUUUCAAUGUUUCUCCUUCUGGUGGGUCACAUGAAAUAUUUCAUAUAGUUAAUAUACAUGAUUUUGCAACAAAUAGCUCCAACAACCUUGACACAUGGAAUGACAUAACGUGCUGCAGAUUGAUGCUGCUCUAUCAUAGAUUAUAAUUUACUCUUUCAAUAUUUACACAGGACGUGAAAUGGUUGGAUCCACGCUACCAGGAUACCCUCCUCACAUACCCAGUGGGCAAGGAAACUAUGCCUCCUCAGCUAUUGCUGGGAUGGUAGCAGGUACGUGAUAGGUGAACGAAUGGCAGGGAAGGGAAGAUCCCCAGUAUUGCUCUCACUGAGAUUGUCCGUGAUUGACAUUUUGGAAUGAUGAAAGGAAUAUUUUUGUCAUUUGAAGCAUGACUGAAAUCAAGUCAGUCAGAAUUAUUCAACAAGAUGGAAACUGUUAAUAAUUGGCCCAGGGAUUUCAAUUUGUAGGCCAAUUUAAAGACCUGCAAUAAAUAAAUGAAAAUCGCCAAGUGGGAGAAUAUUUACAGUUCGGCUUUUCUUGGACUAGAAUUUCAAAUUAACUUUAUAUUUCUAGGAAAAUCUAAUUUAGUGAAUAAUCCUACUAGUGUUUUUGUCUUGUUUUGGAUAUACAACAGCAUCACCAGGUAUAUGUUGAAGGACCACUGCAGGCAUGUAGAUCACUUCAUUUCAAUGAAGUUGUUUGGGUGCAGUGGUCUUGUCUUUUAGUCCUUCAAUGUAAAACAUUGCCAUUUUGUAGAUAUUGCGAUAUUUACAUUGCAGGGUUAAAUACACCUCUGUUGACUGACAGCAACUAGCAGGUGCUUCCAUGGCACACAACAGCAUGGCACACAGCCGAGUUUUACGUGUCAUGUGAGAUUCAACGUUGAAGGUCAUCAAAUGCUUACCAUAGGGAAGCACUGAGUUCAAUGAUUCUCUAUGAGAUGCAUUUGAUAGGACUAGUGUGGCACUCUCCUUACAUGUGCUUCUCAUCCUCAAUGCUUCUCUAUGAGAGGCAUUGGAUUGGAUGAGAUUAGCAAAGAUGAGUCAGCCUCCACAAAGACAUCACCAGAGGCAGAGUAGGCUUCUCGACGGAGUGAGCUGUGGCGCUGGAAAAAAGGUAUGUAAAACCCUUGUUUACCAUUCUUAAAUUUGAGAAUGGGGGACUUGAAUAUAAAUAGUGAGGAGAACAUUAUAACGUUAAGAAUACAUGUUUCCUUUAAAGGUUGAUUUUGUUUCAGCCAAAGUUUUUUAUGUUAAAAUGUAAAUGGGGUGGUAGACUGGGAAUGCAAGGACAACCAUGGUUAUACUAUUUAUUCCAAAAAUAUCACAAUUCAAAACCUGUAUUGUACACAUACUGCUACUGAUAUGAAUGAUUCCCCCCCAUAUUUUAAAAUCCCAUUACAAGCAUAAAUAAUUUAAAAAUAAUGAUAAUUAUCUCUGAUCUUUUACUUGAUUGGAGUUUUCCCCUAAAGCCCUGUCUGUGAAUAUUGAUUGAUGACCUGCACAAUGCUUGCUUCUAGCAAGUAAAGGGUUAAGAUUUGUUUGGUGUCAGUGACCCCAGAUGACCUCUGCAGGUACAUUUAAAUGAGAAAGACAAGCAGAAUGUUGGAGCAUAAUGUUAGAACCUACACCCAUCCAACACCCCCCAAGCUCACAUCUCUGGAACCUGCUGAGCCAGCGUCUUAUUGCGUUACCACGGAGACGGGCUUAAUGCAGCGUUAAAAAUAUAAAGUACUUAUAUUCCCCCUCCCCAACCAACACCCGCGCCGUGCACACACUCCUUCCUCUCUUGGAGCGUGAAAUGAGAUUGGUCAAGAUAAAUAAAAAGAAGCAGUUAUAUUUUAACUGUGUGUGGAAUUUAACUGUAUAUGUAAGAGACAGAUUCAUUUCCAACACCCCAUAAUCUGCAUGUUCACUGAUGGAUCUUUAUACAGACAGGCAUACAUCAUGCUCUGCCUAUAUAUCUGCACGGCAGCUCUUUGCACAUACCUGUUAUUGACAUGAAUUUAUCUUUUCAAUUUCCACGUUUUUUUAGUCAAUACAUUUUUUUAUAGAUCAGAAUUAAUUUGUAUAUAGUAAUAAAUCAUUUUAGCACAGUGGUAUCAGACACAUGUCUGAUUUAGUAUUGAAAUACCCCCUACACGGUAAAAAAGAUUAGGAGCCAGUGCUAUAGUGCCCAACUGCUCGGACCUAGUGCGUGGGGAUUCAAAGUUGUCCCUUGAAGGCCAGUAAUCAUUAGAAAAGGCUGCUGUGAGCUUAAUCUAGUGUAAAAUGUUACCAGCUGAAAUCUUCUUCAGUUAUUGGUGUUAUUUCAUUGUGGUUAGUAGUAAUGGUAUAGUUGACAGGAAAGCUUUACAUCCAUUUCCCUACUACAUAUUGAUGGUAGAUUGGACAUGAUAUGUGCUAACUGCUGCAAUACCGGAGGAGUAAUUAUAAUUUUCAAUUUUUCACUGUGGAUGUGUAGUGUUUAUUUUUACAUACAUAGACUGUAAGCUCAUGUGAUUAGGGUCCUCAUCAACCUACUGUUCCUAUCUUUAUAAUUGUCUCAUUUAUUGUUAAAUUUCCCCUCUUAUAAUAUUGUAAAGCGCUACAGAAUAUGUUUGCGCUAUAUAAAUGCCAAAAAUAAUAAUAAUUUAAGGUGAUGGAUUAGACAGAUGAUAGAUAGAAAGAUAGAUAGGGAAAGAGAUAUAGAUAGAUAUAGAUAGACAGACAGAGAGAGAGAGAGAGAUAAAGAGAAAUAGAAAUAGAUAGAGAGAAAUAGAAAGAUAGAUAGAGAUAUAUAGAUAUAGAUCGAUAGAUAGAUAAAUAAAGGUAGAUUGAUAGAGAAAGAUAGAUCGAUAGAUAGAGAUAGAUCGAUAGAUAGAGAUAGAUAGAUAAGGAAAGAGAAAUAGGUAGAAAGAUAUGGAUGGAUAGAUAUUGUGCGCCAUAAGAAAAGCCAUAGAUUGGUUUAUUAGAUGAUCACCUUAUAUUUUAAGAUAAUGUUUUGUAAUGUUCUACAAACCCAUGCUCUGUCGUGCUGUUCAGGGAUAAUUCUCACUGAAGCCAGGGGUAGGAUUAAGUCAGUGCAGCACUAGGUGAAAGAGAUAUAAUGCUCCCUCUGUUGUUACCAUAACCUUAUAGUUUGUGAUUUCUCAGCAGGAGGUGAUUACUCUGGAAAUGCAUAUGGCCAUGGAGCAUACGCAGCGUACAGUGAAAGCUGGCGUUUCCCCGGUUCCAGUCUUCUUAGUAAGUAAUGAGAUGGUUAUAAGGAAAGUAGGAGAAUCUUACUGUGAUCGUCAAACAGAAAGAUGGAUUCAUGUUUAUUAGACCCAGGGUCACUGAGGUCAAAACCUGACACCAAGGCUUAACAAAAUGGGAUUUUACCAAAAUAGAUGGUUUUACAGACACAGGAAAAAUAUGAAAAUACACAUACUCAUCAUUUUAUAAACAUAGCUGUGAUUAAUUUAUAUAAUUAAUAGCUUAAUCGUCAUUGAUGGUUUACGUUAUCAUAACAUUGUGUUCUUUCCCAUUAAGGCAUUAAAUUAAUAAAUUACCAAUUUUUUUUUCCUGAACAUGUAUAAUUUGGGCAUGAGUUUCAAGGCGAGAGAAACAUUGUAUAGUCUGAACUCUUUCUAUAUACACUAAUGGGUGCCCCAUGGUUUUAACGCUAACUCUGGCCACCAUAAUGAUUGAGUUAGUAGUGUGUAAAACCUUUCAGUAUAUUUACCAUACCAAUCUUCCUUUGUAUUUGCUUAUGUGUGUUCCAAUACAGAACUUAUUCAAAUUAGCCUGACUGGCCCUAAAGCAACUUAAAAUAAUUGAAAAAAAUGCUGAUUAUAUGAUUAGGGCCAUAAAUCAGAUUGUUUUUUGUUUGUUUUUACAAGACAUCAGAUUAGUGAUAAAUAGCAAAAUUACCCUUGAUUUCCUUUUAGUAAGUAUCAAAUUUGUAAACCUAUGAAAAAUCCAGUGGAUUUGUUUUCUAAUAUGGAGUGUGCUUUGAUUUUUUUUGUGAUUAGCUCCAAUGUUUAACCACUAGUGUAACUUGUAGGAUAAUAAUUAAAUACAAUUUUAUGUUAAAUACUGGUUUACAGACAAUUACGUUACAAUCACCCGAUUAGGCACAACAUGGAUGUAGAAUGGAAGGGGACAUAUUAGAGAGCUAAAAGUCACCAAUGACAUUAGUUUUUGUAAAACCAAUUAUUAUUCAGAAAAGCACUUGAGAUGAUGUUCACCUGCAAUUCCAGAUAUCAAUCAAUAAACAAAAUCCAAUGUCUUUUUAUGUUUUCAACACGCUUUUAUGCAUAAUGUUUAUACUCUUCUGGUUAUUUGACAAAAACAUAAAUGGGCUGAAACAUUGUCAGGUCUCCAUGUAUUGGCUAUAAUAAAAACGUGCUGAAAACAUACAACAUCAGAUUUUUUUUUUUUUUUACUAAAGUAGUCCAUAGCAGUCUUCCUUGUAAGGUAGUGGUUAUUAAAGGAACACUCUAAACCUCUUAAGUACUUAAGCUUGCUGAAAUGCUUUAGUGGUUAACAAAGUGUUCCCUUUUUACUUUACAAAAGUGCUGAUUUAAGGGAAAAUUUUAUAGCGCUCCUAGAGUUGCUCUUCUCUACAUGCUUUGAUCGCUUGGUCAAAGUUGAUGUGAGGUUUCUCAUAGAGAAACAUUGGUUUCAAAGUUUGUCUAUAAAAAUCAUUGCCAGCACGGAGUGGCAAUUGUUUUGCACGUGCUAUGGCCCCUAGUGCUUAACUGUAAGAAACACGGGAUUGGCUGGGAGACCAUCACUACUGAUAAUCUCCUGUGGGAGGAAAGGAGCACACUUCUGGAUAAGAAUAAGUAGCCUCUUUAUAUAAGUGGAACAGAGGUGGGACCACUACUCCAAAUAGCCCAUACAACACACGGUGUUAUUUAUACAUUUAUUUACUCAUAACACUGGAGUGUCUCCUGCACCUUUUGAGAUAUGGGAUCCAAUUUAUGUACAUGACAAUAGCAGGGCUCCUCAAGUGCCUCCAUAACUUGUUUAAAUAGCCUUGAAUUCUGUUCAAAGGCACCUCAUGAGCCAUAGGUUGUUGACUUCUGGUCUACCAAUUAGCUGAUCCUGCUUGGGCUGAUUUAAUUCAGCGCUGUCUUGGAGUUGCAAGCCCAACGCACCAAAAAGCUUAGCUUAACACUAACAGGAAUUAGAAAUGACAUCUUUCCUGAUGUUAGUAUGCCACACAGAGCAUGAUGUAAUGUUACCUUCUCUUUCUGUUUCCAUGAUGAUGAGUUUUAAUUACAUGCUCAUGAUUGAUUAUAUUACUUAUUAACUAUGUCUUGUUUAACAAAUUAAAUCCUUCCUUUUGUUCCUCUACUUAGGUUCCCCUUAUUACUACAGCUCCACUGCAAGGACUGCUCCCCCUCCCACAGCAACAGGGGCCUAUGACCUCCUGUAGUUUCUAUGGAGCCCAAUGGAACAACUUACCCAACGCGAGAAACUGGGCCCUGGGAGAGAAGCUUAACGGUGAACAAACAUCGCUUCACCAUGGCCACCCAAAGAUAUUUUGCCAGAGUGAUAACGAGUAACUUUACUACUUGUGGACAAUCCUUAAUUUAUCUAAUUCUGUUGGGCUCUUGAGGAAAACAUGAGAGAGACAAAUUAAUACCUGGGACCCAAAAUACAUUUUAAAUUUGUCAGUACCAAGCCUCUGCUUUCUGAUUAUAAUAAUUAUGCCUGCAGAGUCAGGAAAAUUCAACUCACUGAUUUAUAAGAAAUGCAUCUGUAUGUGUAUGUGUGUACUACAGAACAAAACUUUGAAACUAUUAAUUAAAAUACCCAUGUAAGCCACAUGUGCCCGGAAUGAGUGGGAAUUUAUGAUGUCAACAAACUGUGUGCAUUCAGCUAUAGUGGACGCCUGUUGUUAAUGUUUUCAUAUGACUGAAUCGUCCUCUUUAAUAAUAACGCAU